GAGAGAGAGAGGGUGUCGCGCGAUUACUAGGGUUUUAGGUUGCAGUCGGUGAUAGCAUUGCCCCUCCCCCGUCCAAACCAAAACCUCUCUCUGUCUCUCUGCAUCUGGAAAGGAAGAUGGACAAGAGCAUGCUCGGAGACCUCGACUCCCUCCCCGAUGAGGACAAGUUGAGGAUGUCCGCCAUGAUCGACCAGCUCCAAAUCCGCGAUAGUUUAAGGAUGUAUAAUUCACUUGUAGAGAGAUGUUUCACCGAUUGCGUGGACACCUUCAGGCGCAAAUCCCUUGACAAACAAGAGGAAACCUGUGUCCGCCGGUGUGCUGAGAAGUUCUUGAAGCACUCAAUGCGUGUUGGCAUGAGAUUUGCAGAGCUCAACCAAGGUGCAGCUACACCAGAUUAAGGUGGGUAGUAAACUUGGAAGUGGUUUAUGUGCCAAUCAUUUCUUCUGGACUUGCAUUGUUGCCAAAUUGUGUUACGCGUUCAUGUUACAAGCAGAGGAACUUUUAGUCUCUGAUUAUUUCCGUCAUUCAGAAGAGGUCAAAUAAGUUGGAUCAUCAUAGCUUUUUCUUUAAUUAAUGUAUUUUGGUUGAAACUAAAUAUAUUCUUCUCGAGUUAGUGUUAAUGUGUCUUUAACUUGAA